AUGACGACCUUCCCAAUCGUUAACUACCGGCAAAGAGCCGUCCUCUCCGCGGCCAUUAUUUUCAGCGUCGUACCCACAGCCGCCGUCCUUCUCCGUGUCAUCGCCCGCCGCAUUUCGGCUCGGGCCCUGAACUUGAGCGAUUACUGUGCUAUCGUUGCUGCAGUCCUGACGAUAGCCCUCGAAGCAAUCAGCAUUGCGGCCGUUGUCCACUGUGGCCUGGCAUACGGACAUGCCUCUGAGAUCGUGGCACAGUUUGGCAGCACCCCGGUCGUGACGUUGCUGAAGCUCGUCAUCCCGCUACAGUUCCUAUGGACGUUGAGUCUCGGUUUCUCCAAGACUUCCAUACUGCUUCUGUACUCCCAGCUGUUCAAGACAGAGCACUAUCUCGUUGUUGCCGCAAGGGUCACCAUCGCAAUUCAUGUGUUGCGCAUGAGCAUAUGUAAAAAGCUGGCAUUAGUUGCCGUGUUCAGUCUGGGCUUGCUCACAUGCGUCACCAGUGUCAUACGCUUGGUCUGCCUCACGCAAAUGGAUUUCACCGACCUGCCAUACAGCUUCACACUGGCCAGUAUCUUCGGUGGCCUCGAGCCCAGCAUGGCCGUAACUCUGGCUUGCAUUCCUCUCUUCCGGCCACUGGUCGGCCGUUGCAAGUACAGAGCUGGGGACAACCUUGGGUCCAGGGUUCCUAGGAGGGAGCAGUUUGAGCCUCUUGGUGACGAUGCUGGCGGCGAACAACUGCGCCUUCGUCCCCUAGGCUUCAAGCAUCAGGCCGAAGUCUCGGCCGUCUCGGUUGGGAACGGCAGCAGCGAUGAGAGAAGAGAUGACCGUGAAGUCGAGGCCAAGGUGGACAGCGGACACACGCCAGGGAUUCUGGUCAGCAGGGAGUGGGAGGUGACGAGAUGA